AUGGGACAGAAUGCAAGCAGAAGAACUCAAAGUUUAUUGGCACCAGUAAUAGAAAGUGCCAUUCAUGAAACUCAAAUAGAAUCUGUUUAUAUAUUAGGCAAAGUUAUUGGGUCUGGAAACUAUGGAGUUGUAAGAGAAGCCUACCCAAUCGGCUCAAACAGUAAGGUAGCAAUAAAGAUAAUCCAAAAAUCCUCAAAUCUCAGUAAAGAUAGGCUGAAAAAAUUAAAUCGAGAAGUAGAGAUUCUAAAAAUAGUUAGCCACCCCAAUAUAAUAAGAUUUUAUGAUGCUUAUGAAGACACAAAUAUAAUCAGUAUAGUCACUGAAUAUUGCUCUGGAGGUGAAUUAGGUCAGAAAAUCAUAAAAAUUGGACACUUUACUGAAUCCCAGUCUCGGCCUUUGGUUCAUCAAAUCCUAAUGGCAAUAAAUUACCUUCACAAUAACCGAAUAGUACACCGAGACAUCAAACCUGAAAAUUUUUUACUAGAAUCCCAGAAAGGCGAUUUUGAAAUAAAACUUAUUGAUUUUGGGUUUGCAAAAAAAUUCAGAAAUUUAAAGCAUCUCCACUCAGUUUCCGGAACUUCUUAUUAUAUAGCUCCAGAAGUCCUGAGAGGAUCCUACAACUACAAAUGUGACUUGUGGAGUGCAGGCAUCAUAAUGUACCAAAUCUUAUGUGGACAGUUGCCAUUUUACUCGAGAAGACUUUCUGAAGCCUUCAAAAAAAUCAAAAUAGGCCGCUUUGACAAGGAAUGCGACAGCUGGAAAGCUAUAUCUCAUGCAGGAAGAGAUUUAAUUAAAAAAUUAAUUUGCAUGAAUCCAUCGAGUAGACUGUCUGCGAAAGAAGCACUCGACCAUGAUUGGUUAUCCACUAGCAUCAGCCAUGAGCCUUUUAUAGAUAAUGCCUUACUUAAAUCCUUCCAAGAGUACAGUAAAAUCUCUUUAUUCAAAAAAGAGCUUUUAAAUAUUCUUGUGAAGCAUUCAAAUCUAAGCCAGAUAAAAGAUUUGGAUCAAAUAUUUCUAAAUUUAGACGAUGAGCAUAAAGGGGAAAUUUCUGCAAAAUUACUAAAAGAAACUAUGCAAAAGUCGGGUUUCCAAUUGUCGAUACAAGAAAUUAAGGAGCUGAUAAGAGCUAUUGACGUGGACCAAACAGGGAAAAUUACCUACUCAGAGUUUUUAGCUGCUGCCAUAUCGUCUAAACACCAUUUACAAAAGGAAGAAGUCUUGGCAUUAUUUAAUCAUUUUGAUGUAGAAAGAAAAGGGUUCAUCACUUCUGAAGACAUUAAAACUGCAAUCCAUCGGUCUGGCGAUGUUUUAGAGCAAAAAAUCAAAAAAAUGCUGAAAGAAAUUGGAAUGACCAAAGCAAAUAAAAUCUAUUUCAAUGAUUUUGUGUGUUUAUUAAAUAAUUAA